AAGAAACCCCCAAAAUAAAAGAGGGAAAACAGAAAAAUAGAAUUGCCGGUUGUACUCUAGUAGGACUCUACUCUCUUCUAAGAUUCUUCUCAUCCUCAGCAUCUUCCUCUCCUAUUUUCUGCAAUCUACCUUCGCUCCGAAAAGAUCUUGCGGGCCAAUCAGUUUACUCUCCGUGCAGUAAUUUAUCUCUAGAUUUCUUGUUUAGUCUUAUAGAUACAGUUUGUUGGACCGCCGCCCACCAACUGUUUGUUCAUAUUCCUAGAAGAUCAGUCCACAUUUGUAUAGUUCAACAAAGAUGAUGAUCAGAAUCCGGAGCCGCGAUGGUUUGGAGCGGGUUUCAAUUGAAAAUCCCGUAGCCACCGUCGCCAAACUCAAGUCGGAGAUCGAGUCCCAGCUCCGAGUUCCUGUUCACGCCCAAAUCCUCUCCACGAACCAAAAUUUACUCCUAGCGAAAACCCCAAAUGAUUUGACCCAGUUCACCGAUAUGUCCGACCCGAAUACGUUGAUCUCUUCCCUUAAUAUUGCCCAUGGCUCGAUUAUAUUUUUAGCUUACGAAGGCGAGCGCACUGUUGCAGGCCCAGCUUUUCACCCCGCGGGUUCGUUUGGUAAGAAGAUGACCAUGGAUGACUUAAUUGCGAAGCAAAUGAGAAUUACGCGGCAGGAGAACCCGCAUUGUGAGCUUGUGUCCUUUGAUCGUGAUGCUGCGAAUGCCUUCCAGCAUUAUGUGAAUGAGACUUUGGCUUUUGCUGUGAAGCGUGGGGGUUUUAUGUAUGGAACAGUGUCGGAGGAGGGGAAAGUGGAGGUGGAUUUUAUAUAUGAGCCGCCCCAACAGGGAACAGAGGAGAAUCUGAUACUUCUAAGGGAUCCUGAUGAGGAGAAGUUGGUUGAGGCCAUUGCGUUGGGAUUGGGAAUGAGAAAGGUGGGGUUUAUAUUUACCCAGACUAUCAGUCAGGACAAGAAGGAUUACACAAUGUCAAAUGCAGAGAUUUUGCAGGCAGUUGAGCUGCACGCAGAGGGGGACUUGAAAGAGUGGGUGACUGCCGUGGUGAAACUAGAGGUGAAUGAGGAUGGGGGAGCAGAUGUACAUUUUGAGGCUUUUCAGAUGAGCGACAUGUGUGUUCGGUUGUUUAAGGAAGGGUGGUUUGAGCGGGAUAUCCAGGAGGAAAUUGAUCCCAAGUUGUCAAGGAUGACGAAAGAUGUAGUGGUUGGAGGGAAGGAUACAAGGGAAGUGGACAAUGAUUUCUUCUUAGUGGUUGUGAAGAUUUUUGAUCACCAGGGCCCGCUUUCAUCGACAUUUCCCAUCGAGAACAGGAAAUCCCCAGUUACAAUGAAGGCAUUAAAGAAUCAUUUGGAUCGGGCAAAGGGUCUACCCUUCGUAAAGCGAAUUUCUGAUUUCCAUCUGCUGCUCUUGCUUGCCAGGUUUCUAGACAUUAAUGCUGAUGUUCCAGCAUUGGCAGGAUGCGUACAGACACAGGCUACAGUCCCUGAAGGAUACCAGCUGCUAAUCGAGUCCUUAGCCAGUGCUUCUUGAUGUGGACAAGAUGAUAUGCCUUAAGAGUCAACGGGGUUCACUCUAUGGUUGCAGCUGAUAAGAGGCCAAAGAUCUUUCAAUUAAUGCAAUCUCGUCUGAAACCUUAAUGGAUGCUAAUCUGCAGCGGGUUCAUCUAUAAAAUCCAUAAACCCCAAUGUUAUAGUGCUUUCCUUUGGUUAAAUGUGAUUUCUUCACUUUGUAUCUAUUAUAGUUGGUUCUCCUGCCUUUAGUAUUUGGCCUGACAUUAAGUUCUUCAUUCACCUUUUCACAAUUUGAUUCGGAUUUUCAGUUUAAUUCUCUCUAGUUCUGGUGGGCUUUAA